ACCCACGGUCGCACUGGCAAAGAAUGCCGAGUCAUAAUUAAAAUAAAAAGUGCAUGUAAAAACCGAUCAUUAAACGCUGUACAAGACGUUACAAGAAGUUAGUGAUAAUCAUACAAGAAAGUAGCAGCAGCAUCCAACAUGACUGUGACCAACCGGAUGGAAAUUGAGUCGGCCUACCAGAAAGGCGAAGGCUUCCGCUCGUAUUAUAUACAAAAGAUUGAGGAAUUGCAGCUGGUUGUGGCCGAAAAGAGCCAGAAUCUGCGCCGUUUGCAGGCCCAGCGCAACGAACUCAAUGCCAAAGUUCGCAUGCUGCGCGAGGAGCUGCAACUGCUGCAGGAGCAGGGCAGCUAUGUGGGCGAGGUGGUAAAGCCCAUGGACAAGAAGAAGGUGCUGGUUAAGGUGCAUCCCGAGGGCAAGUUCGUUGUGGACCUGGACAAGAACAUUGACAUCAACGAUGUGACGCCCAAUUGCCGUGUGGCCCUGCGCAACGAGAGCUACACACUGCACAAGAUUCUGCCCAACAAAGUGGACCCACUGGUCUCGCUGAUGAUGGUCGAGAAGGUGCCGGACUCCACCUACGAAAUGGUCGGUGGCCUGGACAAGCAGAUCAAGGAAAUCAAAGAGGUUAUCGAACUGCCCGUCAAGCAUCCCGAGCUUUUCGAUGCUCUGGGCAUUGCCCAGCCCAAGGGUGUGCUCCUGUACGGCCCACCCGGUACUGGCAAGACCCUGCUGGCCCGUGCCGUGGCCCAUCACACCGAGUGCACCUUCAUUCGUGUCUCGGGCUCCGAGCUGGUGCAGAAGUUCAUCGGCGAGGGGUCGCGCAUGGUGCGCGAGCUGUUCGUGAUGGCCCGCGAGCACGCGCCAUCGAUCAUCUUCAUGGACGAAAUCGACUCGAUUGGCUCCUCGCGCAUUGAGUCCGGCUCGGGCGGCGACUCCGAGGUGCAGCGCACCAUGCUGGAGCUGCUCAACCAGCUGGACGGCUUCGAGGCCACCAAGAACAUCAAAGUCAUCAUGGCCACCAAUCGCAUUGACAUCCUCGACCCGGCCCUGCUGCGUCCCGGUCGCAUUGAUCGCAAGAUUGAGUUCCCACCACCAAACGAGGAGGCUCGCUUGGACAUUCUCAAGAUUCACUCGCGCAAAAUGAACCUAACGCGCGGCAUCAACCUGCGCAAGAUUGCCGAACUGAUGCCUGGCGCCUCAGGGGCUGAGGUUAAGGGCGUGUGCACCGAGGCUGGCAUGUACGCGCUGCGCGAGCGUCGCGUCCACGUCACCCAGGAGGACUUUGAGAUGGCCGUGGCCAAGGUGAUGCAAAAGGACUCCGAGAAGAACAUGUCCAUCAAGAAGCUGUGGAAGUAGUGCGUAAAAUUAGUUUUCCCUCCCCUUUUUUUUCCCCAUUAAACGUCAGCCCGUAGUUGGCGAUUAUUCUUCACAUUUA